CACGCCGCGACCCACAGGGACCCAGAGGCGCUCCCAGUCCCUCGGUCCCACGUCAGACCCCCGGAGCGCCGGAGGGGCCGCGAGAAGGCAGAAUUCAGGCAGGCAUUCGGCUCGGCUCAGUCUUGAUGGAGUCCCGCCAGGCUCCACCCGCCCCCUCCCAGAGGAGGCCGCCUCGGCUCCCAGCUGAACCCUGCCGGGGCGGAGCCGAACCUAGCUCCCCGCGGUCCGGCUCUUUCAUAGGGCCGAGGCACAACACCCACCCCGGCCGGGUCCCGCGCCGAAUGGGGGGCAGGGCCAGCAAGUUCGCGCCAAAAUCACGUAGCUAGUCCCUCCCCCACGGAGUACGUCGCGCCCUCCUUUUUUUCAAACCCGGGGCUGGGCGGGGAUUGGCGGACAGGGCAGUCACGUGGCUAACGGUCGCGGGAAGCCGCGGAGCCCGAACUCGCGGCUGGAGUUGCGGAGACCUCAACCUCACCGCCUCUGCCGCCCCACCUCUGCCAGACAGUCCGCGUCGUAGCUGCCGCUGCGCCCACCGCCGCCCGCAGCCUCAAGCGCCCCGGAGCCGCAGCCCGCCGCCACGCGGACCCGCCGCCGAGGCCAGUAGACGCGCCCAGUCGCACGUGGCAGACCCGCCCCCUGGACCGGCUGUGUCCCGGACUCCCCGAGUCCCGGCUGUCCCCUUCUGCGUCCCGGCCGCGAUGAGCUUCCUUAGCCGGCAGCAGCCGCCGCCGUCGUCCCGUCGCGCUGGGGUCUCCUGCACCUUGCGGCAGAAGCUGAUCUUCUCGCCCUGCAGCGACUGUGAGGAGGAGGAGGAAGAGGAGGAGGAGGGCAGUGGCCACAGCACUGGCGAGGACUCGGCCUUUCAGGAGCCCGACUCGCCGCUGCCGCCCGCGCGGAGCCCCACCGAGCCCGGGCCCGAGGGCCGUCGGUCGCCCGGCCCGGCCCCCGGCAGCCCCGGGGAGUUGGAAGAGGACAUGUUGCUGCGGGGCGCCUCCCCGAGCGUGGACGCAUCCGGCGGCGGGGCCGAGGGCGACUCGUGGGAGGAGGAGGGCUUCGGUUCUUCGUCGCCGGUCAAGUCGCCGGGGGCAGCCUACUUCUUAGGCAGCUCCUUCUCGCCGGUGCGCUGCGGCGGCCCCGAGGACGCGUCCCCGCAGGGUUACGGGGACCGCAUGACUGGCGAGGGCCCCUGCUCGCCGCUGCGGGACCACCCGGGCACGCCGCCUCACAAGACCUUCCGCAAGUUGCGCCUUUUUGACACGCCGCACACCCCCAAGAGUUUGCUCUCAAAAGCUCGGGGAAUCGAUUCCAGCUCCGUAAAACUCCGAACUGGUUCUCUGUUCAUGGAUACAGAAAAAUCAGGAAAAAGAGAAUUUGACAUUCGACAGACACCUCAAGUGAAUAUUAAUCCUUUUACUCCAGAUUCUCUGUUACUUCAUUCCUCAGGACAGUGUCGUAGAAGAAAGAGAACAUACUGGAAUGAUUCCUGUGGUGAAGACAUGGAAGCCAGUGAUUAUGAGUUUGAAGACGAAACAAGACCUGCUAAAAGAAUUACAAUUACUGAAAGCAACAUGAAGUCCCGGUAUACAACAGAAUUUCAUGAGCUAGAGAAAAUUGGCUCUGGAGAAUUUGGUUCUGUAUUUAAAUGUGUGAAGAGGCUGGAUGGAUGCAUUUAUGCCAUUAAGCGAUCAAAAAAGCCAUUGGCCGGCUCUGUUGAUGAGCAGAAUGCUUUGAGAGAAGUAUAUGCUCAUGCAGUGCUUGGACAACAUUCCCAUGUAGUUCGGUAUUUCUCUGCAUGGGCAGAAGACGAUCAUAUGCUCAUACAGAAUGAGUAUUGUAAUGGUAAUAUUUUCAUAUCUCGAACCUCAAUCCCAAAUGCUGCCUCUGAAGAUGGAGAUGAAGAUGACUGUGUAUCCAAUAAAGUUAUCUAUAAAAUAGGUGAUCUGGGCCAUGUAACAAGGAUCUCUAGUCCACAAGUUGAAGAGGGUGAUAGCCGUUUUCUUGCAAAUGAAGUUUUACAGGAGAACUAUUCCCAUCUGCCAAAAGCAGAUAUUUUUGCCCUUGCCCUCACAGUGGUCUGUGCUGCUGGUGCCGAACCUCUUCCCAGAAAUGGAGACCAGUGGCAUGAAAUCAGACAGGGUAGGUUACCUCGGAUUCCACAGGUGCUUUCCCAAGAAUUCACAGAGUUGCUAAAAGUUAUGAUUCAUCCAGAUCCAGAGAGAAGACCUUCAGCAAUGGCACUGGUGAAGCAUUCAGUAUUGCUGUCUGCUUCUAGGAAAAGUGCAGAACAAUUACGAAUAGAAUUGAAUGCUGAAAAGUUUAAAAAUUCACUUUUGCAGAAAGAACUCAAGAAAGCCCAGAUGGCAAAAGCUGCAGCUGAGGAAAGAGCAUUCUUCACUGACCGGAUGGCCACUAGGUCCACCACCCAGAGUAAUAGAACAUCUCGACUUAUUGGAAAGAAAAUGAACCGCUCUGUCAGCCUUACCAUAUACUGAACUCUACUCAGUUUCCCACCUUCCCCCAAAACUGUGACAAGAAGAGGCUAAGCUAGGUUGAAAUCACUGCUAGAAAAUUACUUUCUCAAAAUUGGUGUCAGUAGUUUUACUGAAAGACUUUUUAGGACUUUUAUUUGUGAACUGCAGUUAAAAGCUGUAUUUUCACCAGUGCUCUAUCAGGCUUUCGUCUAGUUUUACCAGUUUGUCUUCUGUAGGGUGUCAGUCACUGUUGGAUGUCACAUGAGCCUUUCCAGGGUUUUAACUACUGUGGUGGUAUGCUGCUUAUAGUUUGCUGUUGCAUUGUGAUGAAAGGUAUCCUUCCCUUUAGUGACCUGUAAAAAGGGCUCAAAGGGCUUUAUUACAAGCAUUCUCCCUUGGAAAAGGGGAGGAGUGCUAAGAGAAUCAGUUACUACCCAGGCGUCAAUGUAACUAUGUCAGUCUUUUUUUAAUUGUGAAUUAUACUUGUAUAUCCAACUGGGAGCACUUUUAGGCACUGUAUGAACCAUAGAAUAAUUCUGUGGAAGUAUUGCCUUGUGAAUUUGCUGCUAUUUUAGUUUUGUCUUUGCUGUAUAAUUGUAGCAUUAAACAAUCAUUGUUAAUAGGCUUUCUUUUGAAAACAAUUAUGUGAAAUACAUAGCUGCUCUUAAUAAAAAGCAGCUCUUUGCCUUUUUUUUCCCUUUGGACGUUGAAGCUAGUGCAUUGGGAAAAUGCACCCUUUCCCCCUUUGGAAUGCUGUAUUAAUGUAGUGUAAUUAUUCCUGGGUUUGUAAUUCUUUCUGUUAAUACCUUCCCUAACUUUUAAAAAAUGUUUUCUCUUUCCACCCAAGUUUUGUACUUGAUUGUAUUAUUAGUCUGUUUUUAACUGUUUUGCCCAGUUUCUCUUCAAUAUUUGUGUAUAUAAACUAAUCUUGGGGAUACUGUACAUAGAUGUUUGAAAUGCCAGAAUGACUUCUGACUAUUCCAAGCUUUUCAUAAAAUAUAUUUUAUCUGUGAUUAGCCAUUUGACUAAUAGUACUGGCUAACAUGUUGGAAAAAAGAAGAAUUUGUCUAUUGUUUAUUUUCCUAUUGAUUUUGGUUCAGAACAUCUUUGCAUUUGUUUGACUUGUGUUUUAUUAACAUUGGCAUAUUAAAAGUCACUCUGAGCUUACCUUAA